UUGCCAUUUAAAUGAACAGCAAGCAGGGGUUCAGUUUUGGAGCCGCGUUCUCGUCACGAGAGGCAGGCGCGUGCCGUUGAUUGGCGGGGCGUUCGGUCAAUGCGCGCGAGGAGGAGCGCGAGACCGCCGUCGGCCCGGGAUGCGGAGCGGAUCGUAGCGGAUCGGAGCGGAGGAACCGGAGGAGCGGCGGCGGAGCUCGACGCGGACGGAGGGGUGAAGCGAUGGCCGGAGCGAAGCUGACAGCCGCCGGCGCCGCCCCCCCCGGGAGGAGCCCGGUGCCGGUGCGCACGGUGGCUCACAGGGUCCCCGAGGUGCCGUGGAGCGUCGCGGCGACGUACAGCGAGGGGAUCGUGGGGUCGCUGGGGAACGACACCGAUCAGAGCAGGUAUCUGGAGGAAUACAGUAUGGACUCCACGAACGCACAGGUGCAGGUGGAGUUUUAUGUGAACGAGAACACCUUUAAGGAAAGGCUGAAGCUUUUCUUCAUCAAAAGCCAAAGGUCAAGUCUGAGAAUCCGGCUUUUCAAUUUCUCGUUGAAGCUGUUGACAUGCUUGCUGUACGUGAUCCGUGUUCUCCUGGAUGACCCAGCAAAUGUCCACAGUGGAUGUUCUGUGCUCAAUGGCAGCUGUGGCUCUAGGAACACCAGCACAGACUCCACCAAAAUCAACUGGGAUGUGAUCUUCUGGGUUGACAGGAGGUUUCCGGUGUGGGCAAUACAGGUAACAGUGGCCUUAAUCAGCUUCCUGGAAACCAUGCUUCUAACUUAUCUCAGUUACAAGGGAAAUGUUUGGGAGCAGAUCUUCCAGAUGUCCUUCAUCCUGGAGAUGAUCAAUACCGUCCCCUUUAUCACCACAAUCUUUUGGCCUCCGCUGAGAAACAUCUUUAUCCCAGUGUUUCUGAACUGCUGGCUGGCAAAGAGUGCCCUGGAGAACAUGAUAAACGACCUGAACCGGGCCAUACAGAGGACGCACUCGGCGAUGUUCAACCAGGUCCUCAUCCUCAUCUGCACUCUGCUGUGCCUGGUCUUCACCGGAGCCUGCGGUAUCCAGCACCUCGAAAGGGCGGGGAAGAACCUCUCUCUGUUCAACUCGCUCUACUUCUGCAUAGUUACCUUCUCCACCGUGGGCUACGGCGACGUCACCCCUCGGAUCUGGCCCUCCCAGCUGCUGGUGGUCAUCCUCAUCUGUGUCGCCCUAGUAGUGCUCCCCCUACAGUUCGAGGAGCUGGUGUAUCUGUGGAUGGAGAGGCAGAAACUGGGAGGGAAUUACAGCCGCCACCGUGCACAGACAGAGAAACAUGUGGUGCUGUGCGUGAGCUCCAUCAAGACUGAUCUUCUCAUGGACUUCCUCAAUGAGUUCUAUGCCCAUCCCAGGCUGCAGGACUACUACGUGGUGAUCCUCUGUCCAACAGAGAUGGAUAUCCAAGUGCGGCGUGUGUUGCAGAUUCCGCUCUGGUCCCAGCGGGUCAUCUACCUACAGGGCUCGGCUCUUAAGGACCAGGACCUGAUGAGGGCAAAGAUGGACAAUGCGGAAGCUUGCUUUAUUCUGAGCAGCAGGAAUGAGGGGGACCGCACAGCUGCUGACCACCAGACCAUCUUGAGGGCUUGGGCCGUGAAGGAUUUUGCCCCAAACUGUCCGCUCUAUGUGCAGAUCCUGAAACCCGAGAACAAGUUCCACGUGAAGUUUGCCGAUCACGUGGUUUGCGAAGAAGAGUUUAAAUACGCCAUGCUGGCUCUGAACUGCGUCUGUCCGGCAACGUCCACGCUGGUCACGCUCCUGAUGCACACGUCCCGCGGACAGGAGGGCCAGCAGUCACCGGAGCAGUGGCAGAGGAUGUACGGCCGUUGUUCGGGCAACGAGGUGUAUCACGUCCGCCUGACGGACAGCAAAUUCUUUGGAGAGUACGAUGGCAAGAGCUUCACCUACGCCUCGUUCCACGCGCACAAGAAGUAUGGCGUGUGUCUGAUCGGCGCGAGGAGAGACGACAACAAGAGCAUCCUGCUGAACCCGGGACCUCGUCACAUUAUGGCAGGCUCCGACACCUGCUUUUACAUGAACAUUACCAAGGAGGAGAACUCCGCCUUCAUUUUCAAAGAGGAGGAGAAGCACAAGCUGAAAGGCAUGGCGGCAGGGUCCCGCCUCCCCGUCCACAGCAUCAUUGCCAGCAUUGGAACCGUAGCCAUGGAUGUUCAAAGCACAGAGCCACGCGACAGCGGAAACAAGCUGGCCGUGCCCACGGAGAACGGGUCCGGGAGUCGGAGACCCAGCAUAGCCUCGGUUCUGGAGACAGCAGGCUCUGCCGGCGUCCUGCCCUGUGACAUCCUCAGCGACCAGGCGGAGGACGAGAUGCCCCAGUCGGAUGAAGAGGCAGUGUCCACUUCUGAGUGUGUGAAGGGCUACCCCCCCAACUCCCCUUACAUUGGCAGUUCCCCCACCCUGUGCCACCUGCUCCCCCAGAGGGCCCCCUUCUGCUGCCUGCGCUUGGACAAGGGCUGCAGGCACAACAGCUUCGAAGAUGCCAAAGCAUAUGGAUUCAAGAACAAGCUGAUCAUUGUGUCUGCGGAGACCGCAGGGAACGGCUUGUACAACUUCAUCGUCCCUCUGCGUGCCUAUUACCGUCCCAGGAAGGAGCUGAAGCCCAUCGUACUGCUGCUCGACUACCCGCCAGACAGUCACUUCCUGGAGGCAAUCUGUUGUUUCCCAAUGGUUUACUUCAUGACUGGAGCCAUUGACAACCUGGACAACCUACUGCAGUGUGGGAUCAUCUAUGCAGACAACCUGGUUGUGGUGGACAAGGAGAGCACCAUGAGUGCAGAAGAAGACUACAUGGCAGAUGCUAAAACGAUCGUAAACGUACAGACCAUGUUCAGGCUGUUCCCCAGCCUCAGCAUCAUCACCGAGCUUACCCAUCCCUCCAACAUGAAGUUCAUGCAGUUCCAAGCCAAGGAUUGCUACUCGCUGGCUCUGUCUAAACUGGAGAAGGAGGAGCGAGACAAGGGUUCCAACUUGGCCUUCAUGUUCCGCCUCCCGUUCGCCGCUGGCCGGGUCUUCAGCAUCAGCAUGCUCGACACACUCCUGUACCAGUCAUUUGUGAAGGACUACAUUAUUCCCAUUGAAAGAUUGCUGCUGGGUUUGGACACCACCCCUGGGUCUGGCUUUCUGUGUGCGAUGAAAGUGACCGAGGAGGACCUGUGGAUCAGGACGUACGGACGGCUGUUCCAGAAGAUGUGCUCAUCGUCCGCUGAAAUCCCCAUCGGCAUCUACCGGACCGAGUCGCACGUUUUCUCCACCUCUGAGUCCCCGCUGUGCUUCGCCCUGGUGGACCGAGAAGGUCCAAAGGACGGACGGGAGCCACGGAGGGAGACGGUGGAGCGCAGGAGCCGUGCAGCCGGUGACCAGUCCCAGACCCCGUUGCUGGGAAAGAGAAGCGUGCAGCGCGUGCAGCGCGUGGUCAGCAAGAGCGGCGGACCCGGCGAUCGCUCCGAGGAGCAGCGGUCCACCGUGUACCGCUGCUCCGAGAGGCAGGAGCUCUUCGAACUCGUCAGGAGCCGUAUGGAGCACCUGGGCCUUCCCACCCUGGGCUACGAUGAGAUGAGUGACCACCAGAACACCGUGUCCUACGUCUUGAUCAACCCCCCUCCGGACACGAGGCUGGAGCUCAACGAUAUCGUGUACUUGAUCCGGCCCGACCCGCUGGCGUGCGUGUCUGAGGACCAGCAGGCAUCAGGAUGAGGGAGGACAUUCUGGUCGAGACCAGGGCUGGGAGACACACCUGAACCCAGUUUCUUCUUCCAUGUGGAUCUACAGCAGCACCAGAAGUGCUUCACACUGCUUGAUGAAGGUGCUUGGAAAAGUCCAUUUGUGACACCCCUGCUGAAAGAAGCUAUGCAGCCACCUAUGCAUCACGUCGUCGGAAUGGAUGGAGACGCUCGGUGAGAAGGAGCCAAUGAAAGGGACCGAUGAAGAAUGGAGGGCAAGACCAAGAACGAACGGGACAGGUGGCUGUGUCGAAAGCGGAAUGGACGGGCACAGAGCGCGACCUCCUCUGAGACACACCGAGCUCUAGUUUCACAGAUUUACGUUCCACUGGGUCACAUGUGAUGCACGUUGUUUUUUUCAGUUCUAAUUUAGACAACUAAGAGGAUAACUGAUCCACCUGCGCAUGUAGAAAAACUGAUUUUUUUUAAAAGUUCAGAGUUUCAUUUUGGAAAAUGAAAUACUUUUCUGUGGGACCAUUUCGAGAUGGGAACCAUGUAAUGUGCCAAUCAAAGCACAGAGAUCAGCAAGAUGCAAAUAGACAUAGAUGUUGACCAACUCUUAUGUUCUGGUAUUAUCUACAAAUUUCUGUCCAAUGUGGCCCAAUCCAGUUUCCUUAAAUCAAGAUUCGUGACACUUUGACGCUCUUUUGCUGAAAUUAAUGUUGGAGCCUCGUACAGAAUUACACCCUUAAAUGUGAGAACGGCACAAAUCUGUCACGUUUCAUAGAGCAGUAAGGCUUCCUCACGUCGCCUUGUAGGGCCACAUGAUCGAGGCUCCUAGAAAACAGCGGUAGCUUCAACAUCUUGAGAUUUUUAAACAUUUUUUCAAAGAAAAUCAGUGGAACCUACGCUAAGUACCUGAACGUGUGGGAAGGUGACACUUGUUCCACCUUUGUCACUAUUUAAAUAACACAGCUGCUGUUAUAAAUGUCACCGUGGCUCUUUACUCACAACACUGAGUAGUUCCUCACUACCGGUGUUGACCAGAACCACAAAGUGUGGCUGUUUGGUGUCAUUUCUCUGUGACCUUUAGUCAGUAUCAGCGGUUUAGUCAAGGGUUAGUAUUGCACUUCUAACAGCGCGUCACGUAUAAACCAUCCGGGGCACAACCAUGUAGAGACGUUGCGACCUCCUUGACCUUUAAACGACUGCGAGACCUUCCGUUGUAGCGCAUGAACCGCUUGGUGGAAGCACACAGCGUGGCGGUAACAAAAGUUCUGCAGCCUAAAGCCUCCCCAUGGACGGCAGUCUCUGGUCUUUCCUUCCGAAGCUCAGUCACCGAUCAUCGGAGAACGUGGCGUGACGACAAUCGGACCGUGUGAAGGAAACGGCCUGUUCGCGCGCAACCGCCGCACCAUUCGUUGAAAUGUGAGAUAAAGCCGUGCGUAUGAGAUGCACGGCGUACGUUACGGGGGACUCGCCUCACACGAAGACGUACGAAAGCACCUGUCGGAGACCUUUUUUUCGGCUCCUCAUCCAAUUUUCUACGGUCACGUAAGAGUUUGUAUUUGUCACUGCCGUGUUUCAGGGUAACAAUAAAGGCACGACGCAUGCGGCUAUAACCUCCGACCCGUGUUUUGUUUAGAAAUGACCUUCUAAAUUCCACAGCAAUUUCUUUCUUUAUUUUUACAGUUAUUUUACUCGUCCUUUCACUGUCUGUCAGUUUGACGAACAGGGGUCCGCUGCUCGCUUGGCUCUGAGCGUCGGCUUCUUGCCGGAGAAGUUUGUUAUCCGAACCCCACGCGAAACGGGCCAGAGGUCCGUCCUCAACUCCGUCUUUCCGUUUUAUUCCAAUUCUAAUGCAGCUACUCGUUUAAAGUGUGCUGGGAAAGGCGUGCUUUUCAACUAACGUUGCCGUACUUGGAAGGAUCGCGUCCUUCUCCCGACGGAGAAGCGCGGGGAGAGCUUGAGCGGGGCGCUGGACAAGCCAAGGCAACGCAGUCUCUUCAUGAAUCAGGUCAAGCUUUCGCACGUGAUUUCAAUUAAUAUGUUAGCUUGAUUCAUCAAAACAUACUAAAUACUUGUCAAAAAAAAGAUUUUUAUCAAAAAAACACACACUACAGUGACUUUUCACUUUUAAAAAGUAAAGAAAAGCACUGUUGGUCAUACACACUACAGUUAACACCACCGUCAUGAAUCCUAACAAAACGUGUUGAUGCUGCAGUGUGAAUUAGAUUUCAGUCGAGUGUCACAAAUGGACUCAUUUGUACUGAAUAGAGGGAACUGAGGGGGAUGCGGUGGCGCAGCGGGUUCGGUCGGGUCCUGCUCUCUGGUGGUUCUGGGGUUCGA